AUGAACAUGUUGGCAUUGAUAAGUUUUGUUGGUCUCAUCGCACUGAGCUUUGGAUCGAAAUGUUGUUCUCCUCCACAAUGGGACCGAGGCGAGCAUAUAGAAGGGGUAGAGGUAGUCAACGGAACGAUGUCUCUUUUCCAGGGAACAGCGCGGACAGCAUAUGAUGCAAAGAAUCACAAGUUUAUGACUAAAUUCACAAUGAUGAGAGGCAAGAAACUAGAGAAGAAGCACAUUUUGAAUGACUACUCAGCCGGGAUGAAAUAUUCCGUGACAGAUGGUGUGUGUACGAAAUCACAGCUAUCAGGACCCUUCCCCGAGGCUUGUGUUCCAGAUGACGCCUCGGUUGGUUUUCCAAUGUAUUUUGGAGUCGGUGAUAAUAAGAUCGAAGUAACAAACUACGUACUGGUCAGUCCCAACAGGGUGACGUCAUUACUGGUCUCAGAGAAGUGUGUUCCCUUCUCUAAUUCCACGACGAGCACAGAAGGAGAAACUCCGUUUUCUGUUUCUAUUGGAUAUAAUGGGACAACACUUGGUAUUUCUGACCCCUCCGUCUUCGAUAUUCCUCCUGAAUGUUCUCAUGAUGACCACACCGUCACAGAUAAACCAGCAAGGACGAAUUCUCAAGUAUGCUGUUUCCCUAAACAGUCAGAGUCACCAGGUGGUCUGGUGGGUUUGGUAGAUGUGAACGGCAAAACGAUGAUGCAACAGACUACAAUAAUGAUGUCAAAUGACGCCAUCAACAAAAAGACUGUUUCAAGAACAAAUACUACAGUUGGAAACUAUUCGACAACUUACUCAAUAGAGCUGAAGGAUUACGCUGAGGGAAUGAUGUACGAAGUGAAAAAUGGUGUUUGUACAAAAACUCCUUUGAGAGGACCUUUCCCAGACAUGUGCACGCCAGCUGACGCCACAUUUAAGCCUGUCCUCUUGGGCACUGGUAACAGUACAUUGACAGGAAGAAUGUAUAACUACAUGAUCGCUGGUGUAAGCAUGACAAUAUUCAUGACAGAGGAUUGUGUCCCUAUAUCCGAGAUGCUGAGUGGACACGCUGGACCAACAGAUUAUUGGUAUACUGUGGGAUAUUCUGCGAUGACCCUUGGUAUUAAAGACCCGUCUGUAUUUGACGUACCUGCCAGCUGCAGACAAUUGGUCAGUCACCCGGACCCAGUCGUGCAGGUCGGGUAGUCAGUGUACCUCAUAAAACCACUCAACAGUCAUUCCAAAAGUCAAAUCCAUCGUCAUUCCGAAACUUAACUCCAACUUCAUUCCAAAAGUAAAA